UGUUCUGAAAAUGACAAUAAUGUACUCUAUCAGUAACACCGCUUACAUCAAGCUCAUACUGCACGCUGCGAAGUACCCGCACGCGACUGUGAACGGCGUCUUACUGGGAUCAAAGUCAGGCAAUGAAGUCUCCGUCAUCGACACUAUUCCAUUGCUGCACCACUGGACAAGUUUGAGCCCUAUGAUGGAAAUAGGUCUUGACCUUGCUCGAUCAAGCGCGGAGGAACGUCAGCUUCAGCUUGUAGGCUAUUAUCAAGCAACGAAUCGACCGAACGAUAAGGUCCUUGUGCCUGUUGGCGAAAAGGUCGCCUCCUCCAUAAAGACAGCAUUCCCCGACGCGUUUGCUCUCGUUAUCGAUGGCACGUCGUUGGAUGGGAGCAACCCAGCUCUGAUUCCGCACGUCUUCAAUUCGUCAGCUUCGUCAUGGAAACCUCAGUCACCGUUGACGAGCGCUUCUUCGCCUUUCAAGCUACGAAACACAUCCUCGCCUUCCCUUGCUUUCAAGUACAUCCACGAGGAUGGAGUUCAUCGACAAUUUGGUGAUUUCGAUGAUCAUCUGGAGGACGUCACUAUCGAUUGGCUCAGAAACGCACCUGUUUCAUAUGUGAUUGAAGCAUAAUUUAUCAAGAUAGUAUGGCAGCUUUAAAACAGGACACAAAUACAUGAGAGUGUAUGAUAAAUCGUGAGGCCAGAAAUGCAGUUCUACAAAUAUCCCGGAAUUCAUCAAGUUCUGGCAACAUUGUGGUAAUGUGGCCCUGGAUAAUUA